AUGACGAUUCCCAGUUUUCGGUCUCUAGCUUCUCAGAAAAGUCCAGAAACUGCAGCGGUGGAACAAACAUCAGAACCAGAAAUCAAUCAAGAUGCCGAGAUAUCUGCAGUCCACGCUACUGAAGAUGCAGCAAAUAAGAAUACAAUGGAAGAAAAGGUAGCUUCCAAUAAUGACACUCAGACUCCCUCUGGCGUCAAUGUUAAAAUGGCGACGGUGAUGCGCAAAAAUUGGAUAGCGGCAUCUAGUAUUCUCUUUGCCCUUUCUGUCAUUUUUUUGAUUCUUACGAUCAUCGGCAACACCAAAAAUAAACCAGUUAUACGCUCUACCUACUUUUUAAAACUCAACUUGGCCAAUAUAAUUCCCGCGUCUACUCCGGCAGAUAUUAUACUCGUUAACUCUCUCGCGCGCUCGCUAGGACUUCACGACUUUUACCAGGUCGGGCUUUGGAAUUUCUGCGAAGGAUAUAAUAAUGAGGGAAUUAGCUACUGUGCAAAGCCCAAGGCCCGUUUUUGGUUUAAUCCGGUCGAAAUAUUGCUCAAUGAACUACUUUCCGGCGCCACCAUCGCUCUUCCGGCUGACAUCAACAAGAUUUUAGAUCUGAUCAAGCUGGCAUCCAACGUAAUGUUCUGUUUUUUCAUUGCAGGUGCUUGCGUAAACUUUGUGUCUAUAUUCAUCGCUCCAAUAACCCUAUAUUCUCGCUGGUGGAGUCUGCCGUUUGUUAUCUGGACUUUUUUUGGCGCCCUUUUCACCACUGUUGCCACAGUAAUCGUCACAGCCAUGUCAAUAAUUUUUGUCAAUGUGUCAACCAGUCAACCAGGGCUUCACAUAGGCGCUAGCAUUGGUCGGUCCUUCUUCGCUUUUAUGUGGAUAGCAACUGCAUUUAGUAUAUUGGGAUGGCUAAUUCACGUGUGUCUAUUGUGUUGCUGUGCAAGCCGAAGAGACGUGUUGACGGGUCGGAAAAUGGGUAGGACGACUCAAGAUACCAACACAAUUCCUGAUGAAAAAGCUAAACCCUGGGCCAAAAGAAAUUUGGGAAUUACAGAAACAGGACAUGGCCCUUGA